UUUAUAUUUAAUGACCAUUUUACAAUGGCCGUAGGAAUAUGGCAGUUAAUGGCUUCUGCCCGCACGAUGCUUGGCGCGCGGUAAAAAGCGACGCGAUAAACUUUUAGUUUUCCUAAUGGAAAAACAGCACGCUCCUUGCCUCGCGGCAAACAUUAUCGUGUUCUGUGGGCAGAAGCCAUAACAGUGAGAAAUCGAUCGAUCACGGUUGAAUGUAAAAAGAAUAAUCGACUGUAAUUUUGUUAUAACUUCGACAAUCAGCAGCGAAACUACUUGAAUUGUUUCAAAUAACUUUCGAAGAAUGACGAUAAUUUUCCACACUUUGGACACAUUCGACACCGAAUUUUCAGCGGACUCUGUCGAAUGGUGUCCUGUAAAGCCAUUUCGGGAUGUAGUAGUAUGCGGAACUUAUCAGUUGACUGAAAACGACGAGAAGGCGAUAACGAAGAAUGCAUUGAAACGACUUGGAAGGAUUUAUGCGUUCCGUGUGACGGACGACGGGAAAUUAACGACGUUACAACGAAUAGACGUCCCAGCCGUAUUGGACAUGAAGUGGCUGCACUGCCGAGAUAAGGAGAAUAGAAUAUUGCUCGCAAUUGUCAAUUCCAUCGGAUAUUUGCAAGUGUAUCGACUGAUGGGCGAUCGAGGCACCGAAAUGUUAAAAUUAAUUGUAGAGCAAAAAAUCAGCGAUGACGAUAUCUUGGCGUUAUCUUUGGACUGGUCCACAGGAAGAUAUGUUUCCGACACGCGUAUCGCCGAUAGCUUACAUAUCAUCGUCAGCGACUCUCGAGGAUGGGUAUCACAUUUCACACUGCUCGGGGAUGAUUUAAUAAGAGACUCGUCGUGGUGCGCGCAUGACUUUGAGGCAUGGAUCGCAGCUUUCGACUACUGGCAAACGAAUUCUUUCUAUUCUGGAGGCGACGAUUGCAAAUUUCAAGCUUUCGAUAGCAGAAUAGGACCUGUGGCUUGCAACAGAGCGCACGGCGCCGGUGUGACUAGCAUCCACAGCAACGCUAACGCAGAAUUCUCGCUCGUAACCGGAAGUUAUGAUGAAAUUCUGAGAUUAUGGGACAAAAGGAACUUAAAACGCCCGAUGUCGGAGAUUGAUCUUCGCGGCGGAAUCUGGCGCUUGAAGUGGCAUCCUUUUUCGCGCCGUUACCUACUCGCUGCUUGCAUGUACGGCGGUUUUAAAAUUGUCGACUGCGGAAACGAAGAGUCACCGGCGAUCGUCAGUGAAUACAACGAACAUGAAAGCAUAUCAUAUGGCUGCGACUGGUCAUAUUUGGAGAAGGAGAGCAUAUCUGCUUUAAAUAUACGCGAUUCCAAAGGUGAUGUUGGCGCAUUGGUAGGCACCUGUUCUUUCUAUGAUCAUGCCUUUAAAAUUUCCGCGAUUUACUCCUAUAACAAAGAUUGAUCUCUUUAAUGCAAAUAAAGUCCUAUAUAUUUUAUCGUCUA